CAUUAAAGACACGCGAGAGAUUAAAGUUGAAGAGGCAAUGGCUAUCUUUCUUAUAAUUGUUGGGCAAAAUAUGGGCAUGAGAUUUGUAGCUGACCGAUUUCAACAUUCACUUGAAACUAUUGAUAGGCACUUCCAUUCAACAUUGAAGGCAAUAUGUAAAUUAGGGAAGGAUAUCAUUCGCCCAACUCAAACUCCUCUUCCUUCACGUAUUAUCAAUUCCUCAAAAUAUUAUCCAUGGUUUCAGAAUUGUAUUGGUGCAAUUGAUGGAACUCAUGUGAGUGCAUGUGUCCCUCAAGAUAAGCAAGUCAGCUAUAGAGGUCGGAAAGGUGUAGUAACACAAAAUGUCUUGUGUGCUUGUAAUUUUGACAUGUUUUUUACUUUUGUAUCUGCCGGUUGGGAAGGUACCGCAAAUGAUUCCAGGAUAUUUAUAGAUGCAAUUACAAAACCAGAAUAUAAAUUUCCAUUGCCCAAAGAAGGUGAAUAUUACGUUGUGGAUUCUGGAUUCCCAUGUACAAAAGGUUUUCUUCCACCAUAUCGUGGCGAAAGAUAUCACUUGCAAGAAUAUAAUAAUGGAGGUAAUCGACCACGUGGUAAGAAGGAACUGUUCAAUUAUAGGCAUUCUUCAUUAAGGAAUGUGAUUGAACGAUGUUUUGGUGUGUUGAAAGCACGUUUUCCUAUACUGAAGAUGAUGCCACGUUACAAAUUGAGUCGACAAACUUUGAUAGUUAUUGCUUGUUGCACUCUUCAUAAUUUUAUUCGUCAACGAACACAUCAUGAUCAUAUGUUUAGAGAAUGGGAAGAAAAAGAAUUUGAGGAAGAAGACAACACAGAAAGAGCUAGCACCAGUGUAUCAAGAUCUGAAGUGAAUUUAUCAGAUGAAUCUGCUGCAGCUAUGGCACGCAGUCGGGAUCGUAUUGCUCAAGCUAUGUGGAGUGCUUAUACAAACAGGAAUUAGUUUACUAUAUUUCAAUAUGGGAGAAUAUUUUAGUAUUAAAAUUAUCGUUUUAGACAUAUUGUACUUAAUGAUAAUUUUAGAUUAAUUAUUAUUUUUUUUUAAAAAAAAGAAAAUUAAAACUAUAUAGAUGUUAUUUUUUUUUUUUUUGGAA